AUGAUUUUGGACCGCAUGCGCUUUUCUAUUGAACCAGAACGUCGUGCUUGGGUCCGAGAAGAUUUAUUGCUGCAAGGGACUUGGUGGGUGUUCACGAUGAUCUGCAUCGCAUCUAUGGACAACUGUUGCAGUCCACUGCAUAUGGACAUUGGUCCACAAUCUAAACCACACAAGAGCGCGUCGCAAUUCAAAUUCCUUGUAUCCGUAUCCAGUUUGCACUUAAACCGGGCUUUCUUUUUCAAUCCCGACCCGAAUGAUGAUGAGGUUUUCGGAACCCAACCCCAUGACAAACCUACAGAUCAAAUGUACAAGAUAAAUACGAUUCUACUCGGUAAUAAUAUCCAGAAUCACAGCAUACUGCUUGCAGAAAGAUUUUACUGA